AUGAGCCAAGAGCCCGUGGCCCUCCGCUAUGUGCGGUACGACAACUCGCGCGAGAACGAAUAUGUCGCCGCCAUGCGCCAGCUGAUCUCCAAGGACCUGUCCGAGCCCUACAGCAUCUACGUCUACCGGUACUUUCUCUACCAAUGGGGGGACCUGUGCUUUCUCGCGAUGGACGACAAGGACGAAAUGGUGGGAGUCGUGGUGUCGAAGCUGGAGCCACAUCGCGGGGGACCGUUGAGGGGGUACAUUGCCAUGCUGGCCGUGCGCGAAGAGUAUCGAGGACAAGGCAUCGCGACGAGAUUGGUCCGCAUGGCGAUUGAUGCGAUGACGGAACGCGAUGCAGACGAGAUCGUUCUCGAAACCGAAAUCACCAACACGGGCGCGAUGAAGCUGUACGAGCGUCUCGGCUUCCUGCGCAGCAAACGACUCCACCGAUACUACUUGAACGGGAAUUCCGCCUAUCGACUCGUGCUUUACCUCAAAGAUGGCGUCGGGUCUGUUCGGACCGCAUUCGAACCCUACGGACCACCUCAUCCAGAACACGUGGAGGCGCCGAUUUUACCUGUGGCCGGGAUCCAAGGAAACGGCAACUGA